ACACGCCGCUCCGCGUUGACUUCCACAUAAACAAGAGCAGCGCAGCGGACAGCGGAACAUGGAGCAUCGCUUCGAUAGGGCGGCCGCGGUGCUGUCUCCGCUGGAGGAGUCCAGCGCGGAGGUGAGCAGGGACAGCGGCAUCGUGUCCCAGAGCGCCAGCAGCCUGUCUAUGGUGAGCGAGGCCCUGAGCAGCGGCACCGUGUCUCAGAGCCCGAGCUUCGGCGCCGCAGUGGCCCAGAGCCCGAGCUCCCCGGCCGGAGCGACCCAGCCGGAGCAGACGCAAGACGACGAGCUCCUCAGACACACCGCCAUCACCUACUCCGCUUAUAUCAGAGCCAACGCGGAAGAGGAGGUCCUGUGCUUGGAGAAAAGCCUGGAGGAAAUGCUUACAAGAGUGGAUGAGUUUGUCGGUAUGCUUGAUAUGAUUCGAAACGACACUUCGCAGGUGGUCAAUGACAACCUGCCACAAAUACAGAGAAAAUCUGAAGAGAUGAGAGAGAUUUACCGAAAAAUUGACAAAUUGGAGGCCUUUGUCAAAAUGGUUGGAGCCAAUGUGAGCGCAAUGGAGGAACAAGUAACUCAAGUCGAAGGCGAAGUCGGGACCCUGCCAGGCACCUUCAAGAAGUUCUUCCGCACAAUGGCCGUAGCGGGUUUUUUAAAUAAACCUGCUAGCCCAAGAAGGCAAUCACAAAAACAUCAAGAGCUUCCCAGUGUAUUUAGGACAGACGACUACUUCAAACCUCCGUCUGAGCAGUAAGAGAGACUUUACGAAGCGCCGAUCAAGACCAGGGUUCUCCGACAUCAGCAGCGCGGCCUGCUUUCAGACGCAAACACCCAGGAUCGCUAACACGAGCAUUUCACGGUCACUUUAUCUGCAACUUAUUCAACGAAUCCUGAUCGAAGCCAACUGUUAUUUUAGUAGGCGGUCUAAUGGCAGCUAGUUUUAUAACAAACAGAAGCUUUGGUUUUAAAUGACUCGUUUGUUUGGGGGUUUUUUUGUUUGUUUUUUUUCCUGAAGUGCCUCUCCAGGAAGUCUGACGCCGUUUCUUACAAAUGGGAAAGCAUGUCCGAAAAAUGUCAGAACAUUAGUUGAAACGUUUCUAUGAUUUUUACUCCUACUUGUACAUAGUUUUACAGCUUUAUAAUUUUUUCGCCCUCGGUCUUUUCUUCCAGUGCUUGAGAUCUAUUUGCACUACUUUCCCUGUUGCUAUUUAUCACUGAUCUAUCUUAUUAAGGUCUACAAAUUGGUGUCUGGCACAUGUUGAUGACGAAUCUGUGAUGAAUUCACGUAACCAGUGUAAAGGACUUUUGGUUAUUAUGUAGCAUUGAGUGCCGCACUCCUCAGCCAAACAAUCGCCAAAAGAAACAUUGUUUGUCAUGGACUAUUUACUUUUUAUACUUAAAUGUCCAUGGACGGUUGUGUUAUGCUACUUGUUACAUAAUUGUGACUAACGAUUGUCUAUUUGUAAUAAAUUUCCAAAUGUAGCCUAUCAUAAA